AAUUAUGACAUUAAUUGACAAAAAAACUAAACAACAAAUUUCGGUAGCUAGUUAUGUAAAUUUAAAUGAUUCCUGUUUUUAUAACUCGCGUUGGUAAAAAAAAUUUAAAUUUUACUGAGUAAAUUAAUGGUGCGCAAUGGAGACUAUGAAAAUAGUACAUUUGUGAAGAUGUUCAUGAGAAAAAUCCGCCUUAUGUAUGGCGGGUAGAUCAGUUAGCUUCUCUGCACAUUGUGAUAUUUGUGACUCUCACUUGGAAACGAUAGCGAAAUGGUUGAGUUGCAACGGCGACGUGUGGGGGGUCGGGCCCACGGUGGUCUUCGCGAGUGCCGCGGCCCUGUUUCUGUACAACGAGCUCGAGGCGACUAUAUUCACGGCCGGAGACCACGCUCACAUCUCUGCGUUGGAGAAGACGCUCAUCUCAAGCAUGGUGCUGGGCAUGUUGGCUCUGAUGGUCCACCUCUGGGUUUGCUCUAUGAGAUUCUUCCAAUAUUAUCUGGACACGUUAAUCAGAGAUAGUCCAAGCAUGCUGCUCGAAAUGACAACAGCGGGUCUACUCGGCAGUCAGCAUUCGGAUAUUGUGGUCCUCGGUCCUUUGACGAAGUUCCUGAAGAACCAGCAGCCUCAGAUCCAUAUCACGAUCUGCUGGUUCCUGUCGCUUUGCUAUGCUGAUUACGUCAGGAAGCAUUAUUGUCAGAGAUUCAAUAUGCCAUAUUUGGAGCAGUGGCAAAUAGAGUUGCAAGACCGCGCCAGCAGGAGCGCUCACCGCGCCAUGGAGAAGGUGAACAGUUUCGUAGGUUCCGUCCACCAGCGGCUGCGAGGCUUCUCGCGACCAGCGCCACCGAGCCCUGACACUCACACUGAGAGCUCGUCUCCGAAGCAGUCGUCGGUGGAUGUCAGCGCCCCCGACAGCAAGGAGUCGUGCCGAGUGCAACGCGCCGAGCCGGGGAAGGAAAUGUGCGUGCGCAUCGUCGGUAAAUCCAGUGAGACUACGGCUGAUGCCAUCGAGAAGCUACGAGCAUUCAUCUCUGCGACGCGAUGCGAGUGCAGCCCUGCACCGGACACCAGCGACGUUGGUGCUGGCGGAACUCCAGCAGAACAAUCGGUGUGAGGAAGAGCGUCCCUGGAGAAGCAUGGCCAAGCUACCCUUCUAACCAACUCUUGUUACAGAAACACUGCAUUUCACGUCAAUAAACUAUCUAUCUAAUAAUAUAUAAUGUAUAAUGGAAAAAGAAAACUACACAAAUGUUUCUAUUAAGACAAUAAAUAAAUAAUAAAAACUCUGUCUCAUAA